AUGUGCGGUGCGAUUCUACAGUUGCUGCUUUCGACUGGAUUUCUUCUUCAUAGUGGUCUCGGCAUCGUUGAGAACAAUGAACUGGCUGGACCGCCAAAUAUCCAAUGUGAAGCCGGAGCGAUUGAAAUACACUUCAGGACAACAAAACAGUUUAGUGGAAAAGUUUACGUAAAAGGCAGCUUCAAUCGUCCGGAAUGUCGGAUGGAUUACAGUUCAAAAUCUCCGACAUCAAAUCAAGCUGGUGAAAUCAGAAUUGGUCAUGGCUCAUGCAAUAUGGAUCGACAAAGAACGCUUGCUCCAGACGGUGUGAUGUUCUCCAUUGUUCUAGUGAUUAGUUUUCAUCCGUUAUUCGUCACUAAGUACGACAAGAUUUACAGCGUAAAAUGUUUGUAUCAAGAAGUGACCCACACGGUCAAAACGAGGCUUGAUGUGAGUAUGCUCCCUUCUGAACCGUUAAACAACGAUAUGAUUGUACCGUCGUGUUCGUAUACGAUCAGAAAGGAUUCCCUGGAUGGACCUAUCCUCUCCUAUGCGAGAGUGGGAGAACAAGUCGUUCACAGAUGGAACUGUGACUCGGAACAGUUUGGAAUUCUCGUUCAUAGCUGUAUUGUCGAGGAUGGACAAGGAGAACGGCAAACAAUUAUUGACGAAAACGGAUGCCAUACGGAUCGUCGACUACUUGGAGAUCCAACAUACGCGGAAGCGUUAAAUAUGGCGUAUCGUGAAUCGUUCGUGUUCAAAUUCGCCGAUCGAACCGCUCUACGAUUUAAAUGCGGCAUACGACUGUGCUUAAAAAUUGACGGCGGUUGCGAUGGUGUUACGCCGCCGCUUUGCAUCAACGAAACACGUUUGCAGGAAAAUUCUAUACAACGGAAUGUUCUCCAAUAUAGGAAAUUGAGACUACGCCGAAGCCCAGUAUCUUCUGCAGAGAAGGAUGCAGAUCUACUCUCGCAACAACUUUACAUCCUUGAUAAUUCUGAUGAAGAGUUGACACAGCUUGAUGGAGGUCAUGCUUCGCCUCCUCACAUGCUAUGCCUCAGUCUUUAUACUUCCGCUUGGACAACUUACCUUAUAGCAACAGGUUUCCUGGUGUCGUUAACGUUUGCCCUUCUUCAAGGUCAUAAAACAGUAUGUUUCCUAUUCAAUUUGGAUACGACAUGA